CGAGUACUUUGAUUCCCGGUAAAGUGAGUUUGAGCCGUCCAGCGGUCAGCGAAUGCUCUUCAGGGUCAGCCGGCGAUUCUUAAAAAGACGUGCUUUCUUUUUCACUCGACAGAACAUCUCUCAAACCCUCUUGACCACCGAAACUCGUUAUCGAACGCACACACGCACCAUGCCAGCUCUACAAAAGCUCUACCACGUCCUGGAUGACCGCGAGAGAGCAAGACAAGCAAAAACGACAGGGCUUACACCCCAAGGCGAGGUUAUCAGCUCGUGGAAGACGCUCGACGAGGCCGUCCACGCCGCUCGACAUCACGUCAUCUCGGUCGCCGCUCCGAACAACAUGUAUUCGUACGAGGAAAAGGACGAAAAGGAGGAUUUCUGGUUGAGCUACAAGAUCGAGGGGAGCAAGUACCUGUCGUGCAUGCACGUCGUCCACAAGGCGGAUCCCGAGCACCAGGUCGUCUCCACUCAGACGUUCCCGCCGAUCUACUGGGGCAUCUUCAACCAGAUCAAGAGGGAGAUUGAUGACCAACGGUUCGACGUUCAGCUCGGCUAUGCCGUGUACGAAUCCCUGUACGAAGCCAACCUCGCCGCUCGUCAAUACGCCUACAGCCAACUCCGUGCGGCCUGUGACGCCCGUGACGAAGGCUGCGGGGCCAUCUACCAGCUCAAAGAGGAGGGGAUCGAGGAUCCCAAGAACAAGAAGCAUUUCGGUGAACACGUACCCAAGGAGAAUAACAAGAGGAGCAAGGUCAGGUGUUAUUCGGUCCUCGCGCACGAUGCGACCACCUGGAUGGUCAGCUUCGAGUUCUUGCUCCACGUCCGACCGGUCGUCAUCCAGAAGAAACGCGAGAGCGCUCGACCUCGCGCUGACGCUAGUAGGGUCAAGAGGGUCAAGACGGAAGUCGACGAAAAGCCCGACGUCAAGCACGGUGUAGAUGAAAAGCCCGACAUCAAAUCCGAGGUCGAUGGAAAGCCCAUCGCGAGUGGAAGCAGCCAGCGUACCACCCGAUCGAACGCAAAGAAAAGUGGUGCCAAGCGGGCGAGAUCACCAUCAGUCGAAUCGCGGGCAUCGGACAGAUCGGACAGGUCGUCCUCGCCCGAAUGGGGGGAGGGGCCGGAAAGCUGCCCGUAUUACUAGUGAAUCGGUCUUCGAGGUCGGGCCGGGCCCGCAUUGAAAGCAUAUCGGGCGAUCACCCAAUCGCGGUCAGGGUGGUGGUCUCAGAUAUCGUCCGUGAGGAACGAGUUGCAAGCCAAAGUCGAUCUUGGGUACUGGGCCUGCUGAAAGCGACGUCUAGCUCGUAUGAUCAAACGAUGUAAAUUGGAAUCCGUGGCAUGUAUGAUAGAUAUAAAGGGGGACCAGCA